CAGGAAGCGGUCCAACAGGGAUCGAUAUAAAAGAUGUGAUUAGAGGAUCGGAUCAGAACCGCUUCCUCCUUUCAGCGGGACCAGGAGCUGAACGGAGCGCUUCAGUGAACUAUUCAGGAUGUCUCGCCGCCUGUCCACUUUGGAGGUCGUCCUCCUCGUCGUCUCGUCCCUCCUCUUCCUCUGCUGCGUUGGCCUCUGUGUCGUUUCUUGGCUCACCCUGACUUCUGAAGGUGCAGAUGAAGCCGUGCAGCUGUCGGGUCGGUUGGUGAUCACAGCAGGAGUCGAGUUUUCUGACGAGCUCAGAAACUCCAGCAGUCACCGGUUCAAAUCCCUGGCCUUUGACCUUCAGCAGCUGGUUUAUGAGGCGUUCAGCAUCAGCAACUUGCGGCGGUUCUACCAGUUCUGUUGGGUCCGAGACUUCAGUCCGGGCAGCGUGGUGGUGACCUUUGACCUGAGGUUCAGUCAGCUGAUUGACACCGAAGAGGUGGAGCAGCAGUUGAGGGCGGGGCUUAAUGUGGCUGGGGACCGGGCCUUGGUGAUUGACACCAACAGCAUCCAGAUUACAGAGAAACCUGAGAAGACAACACCUACUGCAACCGGCAACACGCCUGCAACAACCGGCAACACGCCUGCAACAACCGGCAACACGCCUGCAACAACCGGCAACAAGCCUGCAACAACCGGCAACACGCCUGCAACAACCGGCAACAAGCCUGCAGCAGUGACGUGUCUUCCUGGUCAGAUUGCUUGUUCUGACGGGUCCGGUUGUAUUCCGAGUGACUGGUUCUGUGAUGGAGUACCCCACUGUUUGGACUCGUCUGAUGAGUCUUCCUUCUCCUGCGCAACGCCAUGUGAUGGACAGUUUGUGUUGGAAGCCCCAAGUGGAUCCUUCACGUCGUCGCAGUCCGAUGCCUACAACGACGACGUCUUCUGCCGCUGGAUCAUCAGGGUGAGCAGGGGACUGUCGGCCCAGGUGACAUUCCAGCAGUUUGAGACGGAGGCGAACAUCAACGUCCUGAGGCUGUACGAAGGAGUUGGACCCAACAAGGUUCUAACAGCUGAACUCUCAGGCUCCACCCCCCCUGGAACUGUGUGGCUGCUGACUGACCAAUCAACAGUGGAGUUUACAUCGGACAGCUUCAACAGUCUGCCAGGCUUCAAAGCAUCUUUCAGAGCCGCCGACACCACUGGGCUGUCCAACUCUGAGAAGCUCAGCUGCAGCUUCGAAGAUGGAGUGUGUUUCUGGAGGCAGCAGCAGGACGAUGAAGGAGACUGGAUCAGAACCAGCGGUGCCACCUUCCCCUCAUCAACGGGUCCGAGUUCUGAUCACACCCUGGGGAAUAGCUCAGGGUUCUACCUGGUCACUCCUAUGAGUCCCGGCCAAUGGGAGAAGAGCUUCCGGCUGCAGAGCCUCCCUCUGACUCCGCCCCCUCAGCCCACCUGCCUGAGCUUUUGGUAUCACAUGUUUGGUGUGGACGUCCAUCGUCUCAGAGUCGUCCUGCGUCCCUUACUGCCAGACGCUGAUGCCAUCGUGCUGUUCCAGAAAGACGGUAACUAUGGUGACACCUGGAACUACGGACAGGUGACCCUAAGCCUGACCUCAGAUGCCAUGGUGGAGUUCGAAGCCUGGAAGAAAGGAGGCAUGUUCAAUGACAUUGCUCUGGAUGACAUCACACUGACACCUGAGCCCUGUGGCCUCGCCCCCCCAGAGCCAACCAAUGUCCCGCCUCCUACCACUGUGGCGCCAAUACCACCUGACUGUGGUGGACCUUUUGAUCUCUGGGAGUCAAAUUCCACGUUUAGUUCUCCGAACCACCCCUCUUCCUACGGAAACAUGGCGAACUGUAUGUGGACCCUGCAUGCGCCAGCAGGCCAGAACAUUCAGCUCCACUUCCUGGACUUUGAUGUGGAGGCGACCUAUGACAUGCUGGAGGUGCGGGAUGGGCCGGCGUCUAACUCCACCUUACUGGCUGUCCUCACCGGCAGUGCUGGCCCCGCCCACGACUUGUUCUCCACGUCUAAUCAGAUGACGGUCCGGUUCUUCACGGACAGCAGCGGCGCCGGCCGAGGAUUCAAAGCCAACUUCACCUGUGGGGUAGCGUUGGGGUCUCCAGCUCCGUGCGCGGCGGCUCAGUUCCAGUGUGAAACUGGAGACUGUAUCCAUGGCAACAGUCAAUGUGACGGCACGCUGGACUGUCCCGACGGUUCUGAUGAAGCUAACUGCGUCACGCUGCAGGUAAACGGCUACAGGCGGCUCCGGAUCCAGAUCGGCUCCACUCCGCACACCGUGUGUUCUGACGGCUGGACCUCUCACUUGUCAGACUUCACCUGUCAGUACCUGGGACACAGGUCCGGAGACGCAUCUCUGCUACCAGCUCUGCCUCAGGACACUCCGUUCGUCUCCGUCAGCCUGACCAGAACCAGAACCAUUAACGGGUCACUGGAAACCAGCGUGAGUGAGAAGUGCAGCAGCGGGAAGGUGGUGUCUCUGAACUGCACCAACCAGCCCUGUGGGCGCCGCCAGGUGACUCUGGACCAAUCAGAGGCCAGCACUUUGGACCAAUCAGAGGGCAGAGAACCUGUAGAUGGUGAGCACAGAGUGGUGGGCGGAGUCAAUGCAGCGAAGGGGGCGUGGCCUUGGAUGGUGUCUCUGCAUUGGAGGGGCCGCCAUGUCUGCGGCGCCUCGUUGAUCGGUGAUAACUGGCUGCUGACGGCGGCGCACUGUGUGUACGGGAAGAACCUCCACCUGGAUUACUGGUCGGCUGUCCUGGGCCUUCACGCUCAGUCACAGAUACACGCUGCGGAGGUUCAGACCAGACCAGUCGAUCGGAUCGUCAUCCACAGAGAAUAUGACCGCUUCACCAAACACGGCGACAUCGCCAUGAUGCGUUUGCGACAGCCAAUCAACUUCUCCGAGUGGGUUCAGCCCGUGUGUUUGGCUGCUGAAGGUCAGAAUUUUACUGCAGGAAGGAGAUGCUUCAUCGCCGGCUGGGGCCGAGAAGCAGAAGGAGGUUCUCUUCCUGAUGUCCUUCAGGAGGCGGAGCUUCCUCUGGUGGAUCAGGCCCAGUGCCAGCUCCUCCUACCUGAGUACACCAUCACCUCCAGCAUGCUGUGUGCCGGUUACCCUGAGGGCGGAGUCGAUAGCUGCCAGGGAGACUCUGGGGGUCCACUGAUGUGUGAGGAGGACGGACACUGGACUGUCAUUGGCGUGGUCUCAUUCGGCGCUGGCUGUGCACGACCCCAGAAACCUGGAGGCUACGCCCGAGUGUCAGCCUUCGCCUCCUGGAUCGCUCAGACCAGACGCUCUUCCUCUCCGUAACAUGGACGACUGGGGGAAAGUUGCUUGAUCAGAGCAGUAAACUUUCAAACUUUGAUUAAAUCUGAAAAAUGUAAUUGAAAUAAAUAAAGUGUUGAAAUCUUU